CGGCCAUCGGCGCGACGUAAUCAGCGUCCGCCUCACGUUGAGGAGGAGGCGGAGCCGCGGAGUCGUCUCGCGGAGACGUCGCUCUCGCUCGCGCGCGCCCGGCGUCCACGUGUAUAUAUAACCCGCCACACGCGCGCGCCGGCCGGGGGACAUCGCAUCGCGUGUAUACUUACCAAUUACCGUACCCGCGGCCGGUACCGCUCGUCCUCGGUCGCGACCGCGCGCCAUGGCGCGUGCGCGUGCGUCUGCCAUGGGCGCCGCUCCUCCUCCGCACCUGCGUAGCCAUGACCUCGUUGUCGUCGUCGCCGUCGCCGCGGCGGCGCUAUGUCUCGCGUGCCGAGGUGCGUCGGCGGGCGGCGGCGGCGGCGUCGACGUGCUCGAUCGGGCGAGGCGGCCGGAGUUCGCGGCGUGGAUGGCGGGCGUCAGGUGGGCCAUCCACGAGCGGCCAGAGCUGGCGUUCGAGGAGAUCGAGACCAGCAGGCUGGUGAGGGCGGAGCUCGACGCCAUGGGCGUCGCGUACAGGCACCCGGUCGCCGGCACGGGCGUCGUCGCGACCGUAGGCACCGGGCGCCCGCCGUUCGUCGCGCUGCGCGCCGACAUGGAUGCACUCCCGAUGCAGGAGGAGGUGCAGUGGGAGCACAAGAGUAAGGUGGCCAUGAAGAUGCACGCCUGCGGCCACGACGCACACACCACCAUGCUCCUCGGCGCCGCCAGGAUCCUCCAGGAGCGACGCCAUGAGCUGCAGGGUACGGUGGUCCUCCUCUUCCAGCCGGGGGAGGAGGUGGGCACCGGGGCCAGGAGGAUGGUGGAAGCCGGCGCCGUGGACAACGUGGAGGCCAUCUUCGGGUUCCACGUCAGCGUGGAGCUCCCCACCGGCGUGGUGGGAUCGCGGCCCGGCCCGCUGCUCGCCGGCUGCGGCUUCUUCGAGGCGGUGAUCACCGGGAAGGGCGGCCACGCCGCACACCCCCACGCCAGCGUCGACCCCAUCUUGGCCGCUUCCACCGUCGUCCUCGCCCUGCAGGGCCUCGUCUCGCGGGAGGCCGACCCGCUGGAGGCCCAGGUGGUGACGGUGACGAGGUUCCUCGCCGGCGACGCGCUCAACGUGAUCCCGGAGUCGAUCACGAUCGGCGGCACGUUCCGGGUGUUCUCGAACGAGGGCUUCUUGCGGCUGAAGCGGCGGAUCGAGGAGGUGAUCGUGGCGCAGUCGGCGGUGUACCGGUGCGCCGCGGCGGUGGACUUCCACGCGGGGGGCAGGCCGCUGCUGCCCCCGACCAUCAACAGCGCGGCGCUGCACGCGCACUUCCAGGCCGUCGCGGCGGAGACGCUCGGCGCCUCGGCCGCGGUCCUCGGCGCGAUGGAGCCGUGCAUGGGGAGCGAGGACUUCGCCGUCUUCUCCGAGGCCGUGCCGGCGUCCCACUUCUACUUCGUCGGGGUGCGCAACGAGGCGGAGGGGCUGGUGCACCUCGCGCACUCGCCGCACUUCCGCGUCGACGACGCCGCGCUCCCGUACGGCGCGGCGUUGCACGCCAGCCUCGCCAUGAGGUACCUGGACGAACGCCGGCGCGAGGGCGGCUCGCACCCUCACGAGGAACUCUAGUUUCGUCCAGUCGCUGCAUCUGCCUUGCAUCCGACUUGGCGACGUCGAGUCGCCACGGCGCCGGCGGCGUCUCUGUUCAGCCCACGCGCACGGCGGUUCGCGGAGCUCAAGAUGGUCGAGGUUAGGUAUCCGCGGCGGAUUUUGUCAUCGACGAUUACACUGUAAGGAAUUCUGGGCUCGACCUUGGCAUUCUGACGAAAACCUAGGUAGGAAUGUAGAAUGGGCGAUUGCAUGUUCGAUGCGGCGCCAGCGGCCCAGCGCGGUGCAAAUUGUAAAGCUGAUAAGCUGCACGCACGCAGAAAUUAUCUGAGAAGAAGAGUUCAGGCGAUCAGUGAACCAAAUGUUUACAAA